AUGAGUGAGGAUAUAAGAAACAUCUUAUUAAUUGGUCGUACAGGUCAAGGUAAAUCGUCCUUAGCCAAUACGUUAGUAAAUGAUGAGAAAAAUUUUAAAGAAAAUGGUGAAUUCAAUAAAAUUUUUAAAGAAAGUGAUAAAAGUCUUAGUCAAACCAAAAAGAUUCAAGAAGAGUUAUUUAAUGUAGAAAGAAAUGUAAAUAGUAAAAUGGUGAACGUUAAAUAUCGAAUUAUUGAUACCGUUGGAAUUGGUGAUACAUCUUUGAGCCUAAGAACAGUAUUAGUUGAGAUAGCCAAAGGAUGUAAAAAAGUUAAGAAAGGAAUAAAUCAAAUUUUAUUUGUAUGUGGAGAAAGAUUGACACCAGAAGAAAUUGUAGCUUAUGAUAUAUUGAGAAAUAUUCUUUUUGAUAAAAAAAUUGAUAAAGAUAUUACUAAGUAUACUACGAUCGUUCGAACAAAAUUUUAUAAUUUUGGAAAUGAAGAAGAAUGUGAGAGUGAUAUCCAAUUAUUGCUUGAAGAUAGUAAUGAAGCGAUUGUUGAAGUUAUUGAAUCAUGUGAUAAGAGAGUUGUCCAUUUAGAUAUUCCACCAAUAAAUAUAAAGGGGGAAGGAAAGCAAAGUCAAAUUAAUGUUAAUAAAAAGGUACGUAAAGAAGCCAGAAAAAAGAUAUUGAAUCAUUUAGCAACUUGUCAAGAUGUUUACAGACCAGAGAGUCUGAAUAAGAUAAACAAAAGAAUUGAUGACUUAUUAAUAAAUGAAAAUGAAAAAUUGAAAAAACAACUCGAAACAUCACAUAAAAAGCUCGAAAAAUUGCAAGAACAAUUAAAUAAUGCAGUGAAAAGAGAAGAAAGGUUAUUGACAGAAGCAUCAGAAGAAGCGACAGGAUCGUUUCAAGAACAGAUAAAUAAAGCAUUGAGAAGAUUAUCAUUAAAAGAAAAAAGAGAGUCGGAUGAAUUAAAAAGGAAAAUGGAUGAACUAAGAAAGGGAAUGGACGAAAUAAGGAGGAAAAUAGAAAAUAAUGAGAGAUCUAUAGAAUCUGGUCUUUUUGAGGCCAUUGGUAAAGGUUUAGAUAAGUUGAUUGAAUUAUCAACAACAUUGGUAGGAAUAGCAGCAUUUGAUA